CUGUGGGGCCACUGCAAGCGGGGAGGCUGCAGGAGCCGCCGCAUGAAACUUGCACCGCGGAGAGGAGGCGGCGAGCCGGGCUCCGGGGAGGGACCGUCCCGAGCUGCGACUGGCUUGGUGCUGCAGCUGGCCUAUAAGUCUUCAAAAUACCUGCCUGUAAGUCUUUGAGAACAUUAUAAUGUCCCUUUGUGCCUCUUCUCACAAGGAGUUUUCUCAGCUGUUACCUAUUGGAGACAUGGAUAUCAAAAACUCACCAUCUGGCCUUAACUCUGCUGCAUCCUACAACUGCAGUCAGUCAGUCCUACCCCUGGAGCACGGUCCCAUAUAUAUACCUUCCUCCUUUGUAGAGAGCCGCCAUGAAUAUUCAGCCAUGACCUUCUAUAGCCCUGCUGUGAUGAAUUACAGUAUUCCCUGCAGUGCCAAUAACUCAGAAGGCGGACCGGGUCGACAGACCAAAAGCCCUAAUGUGCUGUGGCCAUCUCCUGGACACCUCUCUCCUUUAGCCCUCCAUUGCCCAUCAUCACUUCUGUAUGCAGAACCUCAAAAGAGUCCUUGGUGUGAAGCAAGAUCACUAGAACACUCCUUACCUAUAAACAGAGAGACACUGAAAAGGAAGGUUAGUGGGAGCAGUUGUGCCAGCCCGGUUACUAGUCAAAAGAGGGAUGCCCACUUCUGUGCAGUCUGCAGCGACUACGCAUCGGGAUAUCACUACGGAGUCUGGUCGUGUGAAGGAUGUAAGGCUUUUUUUAAAAGAAGCAUUCAAGGACAUAACGAUUAUAUUUGUCCAGCUACAAAUCAGUGUACAAUAGAUAAGAACCGACGUAAAAGCUGCCAGGCUUGCCGACUUCGGAAGUGCUAUGAAGUAGGAAUGGUGAAGUGUGGCUCCCGGAGAGAAAGAUGUGGGUACCGCAUAGUGCGAAGGCAGAGAAAUUCCGAUGACCAGCUGCACUGCUUGAGCAAAGCCAAGAAAAAUGGAGGCAGUGUCACCCGAGUGAAGGAGCUGCUGUUGAGCACCCUGAGCCCGGAGCAGCUGGUGCUCACGCUCCUAGAGGCCGAGCCGCCCAACGUGCUCGUGAGCCGACCCAGCAUGCCCUUCACGGAGUCCUCCAUGAUGAUGUCCCUGACCAAGCUGGCCGACAAGGAAUUGGUGCACAUGAUUGGCUGGGCCAAGAAAAUCCCUGGCUUCAUGGAGCUCAGCCUGUACGACCAAGUGAGGCUCUUGGAGAGCUGCUGGAUGGAGGUACUAAUGGUGGGGCUGAUGUGGCGCUCGAUUGACCAUCCCGGCAAGCUCAUCUUUGCUCCAGACCUUGUUCUGGACAGGGAUGAGGGGAAAUGCGUAGAAGGAAUUUUGGAAAUCUUUGACAUGCUCCUGGCAACAACUUCAAGGUUUCGCGAGUUAAAACUCCAACACAAAGAGUAUCUCUGUGUCAAGGCCAUGAUUCUCCUCAACUCCAGUAUGUACCCUUUAGCUGCCGCCACCCAGGAGGCUGAGAGCAGCCGGAAGCUGAGUCACUUACUGAACGCUGUGACAGAUGCUCUGGUCUGGGUGAUCGCCAAGAGUGGCAUUUCCUCCCAGCAGCAGUCCGUCCGCCUGGCUAACCUCCUGAUGCUCCUUUCUCAUGUCAGGCACGCCAGUAACAAAGGCAUGGAACAUCUGCUCAGCAUGAAGUGCAAAAAUGUGGUCCCAGUCUACGACCUGCUGCUGGAGAUGCUGAACGCCCACACGCUUCGUGGGUACAAGUCCUCAGUCACGGGGACCGAAUGCAGCCCGGCUGAGGGGAGUAAGAGCAAAGUCCCAGAACCCCCAGACCCAGUGAUGCUCAGCCCCCAGGUAGACAAAGACUGGAGCUGAACUUCAAUGCACCACGUGAGCUUGUUGGGUGUCACCAGGCUUCCUGGCCUUUCUACUGUGUGGCCUCUCAUUAGUUUCCAAGGCUUGGUCAUGUCUCCCCUCCCCAAUACGUCCCCGCUUCCUGCUAGCCCGGAGUCAGGGUGAGAGAGCCACGUUUUCCCUUUGUUACCAGGGGGUGCAUUUAAAUGCAGAGUUUACAUCUUGCAUGGCCUCAUAGGAGCUCAGUGUGGUCCCUUUGGAAAACAUCUUAAAUAUUUAGGAAUGAUUAGUGGAAGCCUGACCAGGGAAGGCUGUAAAGGAGAAAAGGGAGAGAAUGUGAAGCACUAGGAAACGGACUGACCUUCAUCGUGUUGCCUAAACUAUCUUUGGGACAGAUCUUUGUGCGUUCUCUUUUGGACCACUUGAUUGUAAGACUGAAAACCACAAUGACAAUCAACUCGUUUCCCAUACCUACCUCGCAGGCCCGUGAGGACUUUUGUCACACGUGACUAUUGAUCCAUCAAAGCCCAGAGCAAUUGUGACCUAGGGAGCCUGUGGUCAAGCUGGGAUGGCAGCCACAUUCUUCCCCCUAGGCCCUGCUGCUGUCUUCACACAGACUCAUCCCUCUUGAUUUGCAUUCAUAGAGCCUGCUGAUUAGUUGGCAGGUAUUGUGUGUGUGUGUGUGUGGUGGUGAGGGCUUCAUUUUCAUGGAGAAUCGUGGGAGAGUUAGAUCUCCUUGUCCCUGCAGUUGCCCUUCCUUGAAACUCGUCCCAAGGGUCCCAGCAUUUGUGCUGGGGGAAUCGGUUCCCUCCUGUCAGCACAGGUUGCAGCCACACUUCCCUGGAGCAGCCACAGCUGUCACAUCCUCCACCCAGAGGAGACUGGGACUCUUCAGGCUGUGGAUGGGCAAGGAGCACUUUUCCAUGGAAAGAUGGACAGCUGUACACACAACAGUGUGUCAGCAUCGCAGCCAAACUUACAGACUUAGGGGUAACUAAGAAAGGGUUCUUUUACACCCAAGGGCUCUUUUAAAAUAUUUUCUUAUUGGAACAUUUAUAUGAUGGGCUGGGUGAGUGAAAUAGAAACUUAGCAAAAUAUCAGUCCUUAUUUCAAGUGGAAGUCAAAAAGGACACAAUGAUAAAUCACCUCUGAAAUUACAAUUUUACCUUGCUUCCAAAAAUUAAAACUUUCAAGAACACAAUGAAUACAUAAAAUGAGUUACAUCUUUACUUUGGAAGUGAGCAAUUAAAUAAUCAUGUUUGAUUUUUGUGAUAAUGUUUUUAACAAUUACCUUGUGAUUUGAGAUUAAAUACAUUUUCUUUUUGGAAAUAGGUUUACUCUGGCUAGCACAUUCUGUAUUUCCUAAGUCAUUAGGAAGAUGGUUUCUGCUAGUGAGACCUUGAAUAAUUCUUGAUUUUGACACUGGUGCAAUUUUACUGAGUUGAGCAUAGCUAUUUCAGAAACUCUUGAACAUACACCUAGAGAAUAAACUGAAGUCUGUAUUCUGAGGUUUGAAAUUAUUCUUAGUGACUCAAUGUUGCAGCCCUAGUGGGAUUUAGUACAGAAAGAUGUAAGCUUGACUUUCGAACCAUGGGACAUCACCUCAGGGUUACCCAGAAGGUCAAUUUUGUUUCUUUCCGGCCAGCUUAGAAACCCCCCAUGACAGAGGGGAUGGAAGGUAGAGAGUGGGAAGUGGGAGGCAAAGAAGGCAGCCUUGAACAAUUAUUUGCAGAAGAAAUUCUAGUAUUGUAAUUUUAAAAGAAACUACCAGGUAAGAAAAACAACACACACAGAAAACAAAAAACAGAAUGAUGUCCAAGCUGCUGCCUGAUUAGUGUGUGAUGGAGUGAACUCUUUUAGGUUAAAUUUUUGUGCCUAGGUAGGUACCAGACUGGACGUCAAUGUCCAGUUACCUUCCUGCGUCUAAUCCUUUGCUCACCCAGAGUAAUGCAUAUUAAAUUUGAAAACUCAUCCAGUGCCCAUUAGUCCUUUUCAGCAAAUAUUCUGGCAUGCCUCUUGAGCCUGCCCUGCUUCACUGAAUUCAGAUUUAGCCCACAAGGAGGAUGUGAAUACUCUUUGUAAUUUCUUCUUGAGUCACAGUCUCACCUUGGUGUGCUGGUCAUAUUCUUUAGUCCAACCUGCGAGGACUCCUCCUUGUAAGUUAAGUCUUUGAGAAUGGGGUCUGGACAAGAAGGCAGUUGAUAUAACACAGUCUGUUCUUUAAAGGUGUUUUUUGUUUUGUUUUGAAUAUUCUAGGGCCCUUUCCCCUUUUUGAUGAGGUGUUUUGAAUCUGUUAUUCAAAAUACUGCUAUAAACUGUGCUCAAGUACCCAUCUGCUCCAAGUGUGUCCUUUAACAAUGACACUCGUGCAAAGUCAGGUUGCUCUUUUUAUGUUUUGGAUAGAUCCUCCGUGUCCUUUUUAAUGAUUCGUCAAGUUUCUCUUUAACAGUGGUUUCUUUUAAGUGUCUUCUUUUUUGAGGGCAUCCUAUUUAUUCACUCCCCCCAAAUCGUCCAUGUUCCUUUAGGGCUAAAGUUUUUCUCCCAUAGCUAAGCAAAGAAUUCAGUGUUCAAGUUCAGUUUUAAAAAGGAAUAAAUUAGGAGGAUUAGGACCUGAUCAAUAGGAAGUAAAUUGGGAAGUGGAAAAAACACACACAAAAAACCAAGCCACUUCCAUUCUAUGCAUCAUGGGAGAACAUUCCUCAGACUGGCAUGACAAGAUUCCCUUCUGCCAUUUCAAUUUGUGAUCACUUAAUAAAGGAAACAUUUGUAGACGAGUAAAACUUGGACUUGAUUCCAAAAACCUGAGUGUCUAAUAUAGGGUCAUGUAGACAAAUUUUAAUGGAAUAAUUACAAUAGAAUAUUCUUAAGGAAGAGAACAUCAGAACAAAGAGUUCAGUCACACUCUUGGGAUUGAAUUGGCCAUCUCUAAAGAGGACUAGUGUGGGAAACCCUAGGAGAGACACACAAUUUUCACACCUCUUCUGUCCUCACACAACCUCCUCUGUCUGGUUUCAGGCCUGUCAAUACUCAUUGUCCACAGGGACUAAGGAUUCAACCCUAGAAUAAUCUUGAGAUUUUUCUUGAAAAUUUCAUUUGGGAACAAAAGACUGCAUUGUCAGACGAAUAACAAAUCUGGAGAGUCUUAACUGUAUUAAAAGCAAAACAGUGCAAAAUAAAUACAAGCUUUUCAGGUAAUUUUUAUCUGGAUUACUUUACCUGCUAACUCAGCUAGAAAGUCAAUUGUUUUAGAUUUAAAUAAAAAUAAAAACAGUUAACAAUUCUUGCCAGAACUACAUUAUAAAUUUAUCAAGUAAAACUACGUUGAAGCCAUUUUAGAAUUUUCUAGCAUGUAAAAGUGGUUUGGUUCUUCUUAUUUAAUUUGCCAAUGGAGCUUGCAUAUAUUGACAUCUUUUCAAAUUUAAGGUGAAUGUUCAAUUUUUAGGUCUAUUUUGAAAUGAAGUCUUUUUAAUAAGAUUUGCCACAUUUCUUUAAGCUGCUGAAAAUCUUUAAAAACACACAUUAAAGGUUACGUGAAGGAAAUGAUAAAAACACAUCAUUUAGCACCUAAAAAUAUCUGUGGAGCUCUUACUAUGUGCCAGACAGAGCUCUCAGUGCUGCACACACUCGCAUUCAAUCCUUAUAAUAAUUACUGCUAUCCUAAAUUUUCAGCAGUGAAAACUAGACAGCAUAUAAGCAAAUGGGCUCAAGGUCACACAGCGACUAAAGUGAUAGAGCUGAACAUAGGCAGCCCAGUUCCUGUGACCACACAGUUCAGCCAGUUAAAAAAAACAAAACAAAACAAAACAAAAUCAUUAACUGCCAAAUUCAUUGAUCAAAUGCACUCUGACAUGCAUGGCUGCUCUGAUUUAAGUGGGGGCCUACUGUUGGCAUGCCCCUCCCCAUUUCCAGAACAUCGCAGCAGACACAGCUUGCAAUUCUCUGUCUUUUCAAUCUCAUCUUUUAUACACAUGUAAAUUAAAGUCCCCAAAAGGUGAAUUGGCCUGCUCAAGGUAAUAAAACUACUUAUGGCAAAGCCUGGACUGGAAUUCCAGUCUUCUGGCUGCCUGGCCAGCAUUGCUUCUCUUUGAGGACUUGCUUUAAGACUGCUUCUUGAACCACAUCUCAGUGUAAUGGAAAGAUGGUUAUUUUCUUGGCCUCCUGCUGUCCUUGAGAUCCUAUCAUUUCAGCUUAGAUGGGGUCUGCAUGUGGUGACAGGUGGAAAAAAGAAAUGCAUGCCAUUACCUGUCCUCUUAUCCUAGCCUCAUAACCCGGUGUCGCCUUUUUUCUAUUUGCUAUUGCUUUUUCCAAACCCAUUUAAGUGUGGAGUAUCUUCUUUGGAAAUUUACCCAUGUAAAAUUCAUCUUUUAGGCACUUGAUGCUUUCCUUUGGAGUUUGGUAUACUAUAGUGUGAAAACAUAUGCCAUUUAGUCUUUAUAGCUCUUAAAGUUGCUGGUAUUUUGGCACCAGUGGCAGCUCUAAGAUGUGCAUUGUUUCCACGACAUAUGAUCUUAUUGCCCUUUGUGUUGCUUUGGAGUCAAGGAUCUUCUUUUUUGGAAUCUAAGGAUCCUAUUCACUCUGGGGGACAGUCACUGCACAUGAUGGUGGGUUUCCUGUACGGGAAGGACAAAGAUUUGGUGAGAUUAACCCAGAACAGCUCCCAUUAACUGUACACUCCAUGUUGCUGCAUUUUGUUUUUUCCAUGUUGGGUGUCUUAAAUGUCAUGACUAUUGGUCCUAGAACUUAAACAUUCAGUGGUCCUGUGUACCUCAAGAACCUGCUGGCUGACUAUAAUUUGUCAUUUUGUUUCAGAUGAAUGCUUUGUACUGUUAAACUAAUUUGCUGGUUACCAUCACAGGCUUUAAUAAAUUUGGACCUUUUUUAGAAACAAAUGAUUGAUUUGUGUGAAAGAUUUUGAGAACUGCUUUUGACUCCUCCAGGUAGUUGUUUUUCUUUGCUGUGUUCCCUUUAAUGUCUCUGGUAUUGUUGCAGAAAGAAGUGUAACAUGACACAAGCUAAAUAAAGUGUUUUUCAUAAUUUGAUUUUAAAAAUGUAUUUGUUGGGAGUUGAGUAUGAGGACUUUCAGUAAUCAGGCCAAGUAGUCAAUUUCCACAUUCUAUUCUGAAUUCUAUUUUGGGUUGCAGAAACCUGUGAAAAUUUGCCG